CGCUCUCGAAAACACGUGCCACUAGCAUCUUCCAUCACCGCCACCCUUGGUCAUAUCAUGCCAUGCAUAGGCAGUGCCCCACCACUUCACCCUUGAAACGAAAUAACAAAGGCCAAUUCUUAACCAACGGAGGACAUGGAACCGGUACAUAGAUUCCAGCAAGACAGAUUCCGCGCCCUCAACUAUGCCAUCAGAAGCCCCAAUGCGACCGCCAAACGCAGGAAAUUUCCAACGACCAAUGUUUCGUUUGCAGAACACAGCGCCAACAUCUUGAAGCUAAUCAGGGACACGCACACUGUAACUAAUCCAGGUGCCACCAUUCUAGCCCGAGAGAAGCUACAGAACUAUACCCUUCUGAGCUCAAUUGCUAGGAUCUAUGGCAGACUUAUCCGUGGCAAAGAAGCCCGCAAUUUCUUCGAACAUAUCAGUGUCCGGGUCUACUAUUACUGAGGUGGUGGUGUCAAGCGACAAUCUAAUGGAUAUCUUGUUCAAUCAUCAGAUGGAUGGUCAGCUACGACCCUUCACCCAAGAAGAACGCAAAUCAGCUUUGAACUUGUGUCAGUUCGCAAUUUAUUGCGGCAGAAGUAGCCGCAGUAUAGUCGAUGGAAACUGCGCUGAGUUG